AUGAUGAGUGAUGAUGGGGGAUGUGAUGGGGAUGAUGAUGGGGGGGAUGAUGGGGAUGAUGGGGGUGAUGGGGAUGAUGGAGAUGAUGGAGAUG